AUGGAGGGCUUGAAGGGAGACUACAAGGCCAGCUGUGUCUUCUACAACUCCAAGUCAGGAGAUCCCGAGCAAUUGGAGAAGAGCAACCUCUUUUUGCUAGGAAUGUCAGAGAACGCCAAAGAAGGAGUUGAGGUAUGGGCAGGAGAGCCGGCGCGAAACGGAGAGAUCACCUGGAGUCAGAUGACUCCAGAAGAGAGGAUACAAGUCCAGCAGGCGGACAUGAAGGAAUGGGAGAGCCUCGAGAAGGAGUUCAAGGCGGUGAAGAUAUGGAGAGGAGAGAAGGCUCGGGAGCUUCGAGAGAAGUACUCAGACAGAAUCCUCUCGAGCAGAAUGGUAAGGAGGAAGAAACCCAUGCCAGGGCUACAUGAGUAUAAGGCCAAGUCGCGCUUUUGUGUCCAUGGCCACAAGGACCCUGACAGUGGCACCUUCAAGACCUUUGCUCCCACCCCAUCGGCUGAGGCAUUGAAUUUGGUCGCACAGGUCAUCAGUAACGAAGACCUGUUGCUGCUCUUUGCAGAUGUCAAAGCAGCCUUUGCCCAGUCGGACAAGCUUCGUCGACCUCAAGGACGCCUCUUUGUCGCACCGUGUGAGGGGGUACCCAUUGAAGAGCAGGACCUCAUCGAGCUGAUCGUGCCAGUAUACGGUUUGGAUGAUGCACCACUACGUUGGUUCGAGACGGUGACCACCUUCCUCAAGAAGAUCGGGCUCCGAAGAUCUCUCUUGGAUCCAUGCGUGCAUGUGAAGCACGAUGCUGAGGGGAAGAUAGAGGCCCUGGUCUUGAUAGAGGUAGACGACUUUCUCAUCGCCACGAAGAAUGAGGCCAUUCAGAAGGAGCUCAAGGAGAAGCUUCAGAACCGUUUCCUGUUUGGUAAAUGGGAGAGCGGCGAGGCUGACUUCAUCGGAAGGAGGUACAAGAAGAUGCAGACAGAGGUGCGGAUGGACCAAGAGAAGUAUAUUCUGGAGAAGUUGGAGGCGAUACCUCUCUCGAAAGGAAGAAGAGGCAACAAGGACGAGCCCUUGACAGAGGAGGAAUUCAAAGCCUUCAGAUCCAUGUUGUACCGUGUGAGUUGGGUCGCACAUCAGACGCGACCUGAAGCUGCAGGGACGGUCUCCAUCCUAUCCAGCAGAUUACACAGCGCUCGCAUCCGCGAUGUGGUGGACCUCAACAAGAUGAUUGGGCAUUUACGCAGCACCUCAGCCCAGGGGUUGCGCUUCAAGAAGUUUAAGCCGAACGAGAUGACGUUCAUCGGAGUCAGCGACGCUGGAGGAGUGGACGGGGAGAUCCGAUCUCGAGACGAGAAAGGGCUCCCUGAGGAUCCGGUACAGGGAGCGUGGAUGGUUCUGGCAUCGAACUUGCUCCCGGCACACGACCAGAGGAUUCCGAUCAGUGUCCUCUCAUGGAGAAGUUCCAAGCUCAAACGGCGGGUGAUAAGCACAAUGGCGAGCGAAACUAUGUUGUUAUUUCAGUGCUUGGGAGAGGUGGAGUGGCUACAGGUAUUCUACCGGGACCUGGUCUUCAACGACGUCAAGGUCUUCGACUGGAGGCGCAGCAUUGCGCCAUUUGUCGUGAUGCUCCCGGAGGAGUGUGAGCUGACGUGCCGGCAGCAGCAGUGUCAGAUCACGGACGCGAAAUCGCUCUAUGACGCGCUGUACAAGCAAUGUCCUUCCUCGAGACAGGACAGGAGGACCGCCUUGGAACUGGCGGUCAUCAUCGACCUCAUGAUCAAGACGGGGUCCCAAGUCCGUUGGACCCCUCACCCUCGAAUGCCCGUGGACGUCAUGACCAAGGCCGACAUUACGAAGGGCAAUGGAGCUCUGUUGCACAUACUCAAACAUGGGUAUCUGCGCAUCGACAAGGAGGAGAACGAGCUCAUUCGAGGCCGCAGCGAUCCUAUGGCGAGAUCUCGCACCAGGCAGUCUAGUGAGAAGCUCUUGCAGGAUGAGGAGGCACUGGAGAUGGAGUAUUUCUCCGAGGUGCUAGGCAUCCAAAUUCCUUUCCUCACCGAACUGGAGCUGGUGUCUGGUGAUGACAUUCAGUCCUUGCAAGUUUUCCCCAUGGAGCGAUUUCAUGACAGUUCACAAGGCAUCAGCUUGGCAAAUUUGGGCACCAUAAAAGACAACUCGGCUACCCGAACCAGCCAGACAUGUGCCUUGAUCUGUAAGGGCUACAACAAAAGAAAGCUGGAGUCUUUUGGGUUGGAAGGAUCCCGGCUCGAAGAAUGUGUGAUUACAAUUCAUGACCCAGUUCUUGGUCGCAAUGAGAGCCGAGCAGUGACGCUAGUCAACAUGGCUCUUGACGAUGGCAACUACAUCCGCAGAGCUCAGCAGGAGAUGACCGUUGAAAUUUCAUGCUCACCAAAAAUUGCCCUGUGGGCUGAAAUUCGGCAGUCAGAUUCGAAUGCUCAUGAUUGGCAAGCCCUCAGCAAAGAAUCAGAAUUUGAUGCGUUCAUUGCGGAAAUUCUGAAAUCCGAGUGUGAAGACGGAGACUUUGUGGCCCAUAGAUGCCAGAACAAAGGCAACUACUUGGUGAAAAGACUUCAGGUUCCAGUUUCUGAUCGGGAUCGUCUCUACAGCAAAUCUGGAAAAAAUUCGGUCACGUUCCGACAGGCGCGUGGACCUUUUGACCCUGAUGAGCCUGACCUCGAGAUCAUCAAGAUUGAGGAUAGUCCUCCCGAUACAAGGGCUGGUUUCGAAAAAUAUGUCCAUCUCAAGGGAUUUCUUGGUCUAUUCUGCGCCCAAAGUGUGUUUUAUCUUCGGAUUCAAGAUGUGCACCUGGGAGAGGCGCGACAGUUCAUCUACGGCAACAGUGGCAUUUUCAAUGCCCACACUAUGAGCAUGAAGCUCACCAAGAGAUUCAAGGUCCAGGGCUUCCCUUCUGGAGCUACUGUGGCCACAGUUGUGGAGACAUGUGCCUCGCUUAGCUGGCAUGUCGUUCCGCUCCGUAUCAUUCAUGUGGCUGAACUUGCUAUUGCUAUUGUAGGAAGCAGCUCCUCGCCAACUUCCUGCCGAAUUCCCACGAACCUGGGCUUUCUUCAAGUUGAAGAAAUUGGGAAGAGAGCCCCUAGGAAGCCAAGAGCCAAUAGCGAGUUCAGCUCAAGCUCAGGUUCCAGUGACCGUAAAGUGGAAGUCUCUACCCGGUCCUCCUUUUCCAAGCCGCCAGUGGCCAAUCCAUCUUCGGCCCAGUCUUCGCCGCCAGGAUCAUUUAUGUCACCUUUCGCAUCCAGUUUGGCUGGCAAAGUGCAAGCCCUGGAAGAUCGCAUGAACAGAGUGUGCAGUGAUGUGAAGGUGUUGCAAAAAACCCAGGCGGAGACCCGCGAAGACAUCAGCCAGAUCAAACAAGUUCAGGAAGGAGGAUUCUCAUCUUUGAUGUGUGCUAUCAACGAGUUGAAAGACAUGCAGGAAAGAAUGAUGACAGCAGCCAGUAGUGCAAGUACCCCGAUCCACUCACCUCCGCCAAAGGUGGCAAAGUUCUGA